AUGCCGCCUGUACUGUCCAAACACAAGACGAAACGCGGGGGGGACUGCGUCGCCUACAACGGCUACAUGUACCACUACCAUAGCGCGAACCCUAAGCGCACGCGCAAGUAUUGGCGAUGUGAGUUGCGGAAGCAAUGUAACGCGCGGAUCACUACAAACUUCGCGGCUGUGGAGGUGCUGUUGGACGGGACUGCCCAACAUCAACAUCAGCCUGCUCAUGCAGAGGUUGAGGUGCGGGAAGUGGUGAGCGCCAUCAGGCAGCGGGCCCUGGACGACCCGGGGGUGGCACCCGAAGCCAUCAUCCGGUCGGAGCUCCGUAACGUCGUGGACCCCGAAGUCCAGAUGCAGCUGCCGGAGCGCCCGGCUCUUCGCCGGAUGGUCAACCGGGCCCAAAACGCUGCGCGACCAGGAAUGCCGACCAACCUGCAGGACAUCGUCAUUGUUGCGCCUUACACCCGCACCGCCAGUGGAGAACGCUUCUUACACUACGACAGCGGACCAGGUGAUGAAGAAAGAAUCCUGAUGUUCACCACGAAGGAAAACUUACGUAUACUGUGCAUGAGCAUCAUAUUGUUCGCUGACGGAACAUUUAAGACUGUGCCCAACAUGUUUUUACAAAUGUACAGUAUUCAUGGCGAAUUCCGUGACAAUAUUUUCCCUCUGGUUUUCUGCCUCACUGUGCGUAAAAGUGAAGAUACGUACAGAAGAAUGUACUCCGAGCUGAUUCACAUGUGUGAACAGUAUCACUUCCACCUGCAGCCCGAGAUCAUCAUGCAGGACUUCGAGCUUGCAGCAAUGAAUGCAGCGAAAGCCCUUUUCCCGAACGUGCAAAUCAAAGGCUGCCUGUUCCACUUUUCCCAGUCAAUAUGGAGGAAAGUGGCUAGUGCUGGUUUGCGGGAUGCAUUUGUAGACAGAGAUGACUCUACUAUUCGAGACAAUUUUCGCGAGCUCGUGGGCUUGGCUUUCGUCCCCAUCGCAGAAGUAGAGCAGCGUUUCGAUGAAAUCAAAGGAAACAUGCACCGUGACAUGGAGCCGGUGGUGAAGCACCUGGAGAAGACAUACAUCAGGGGUGAACCUCCGCGUCGACCAGCCACGCGCCGACGAAAUCCUGCUCCUCGCCCUGCUGCCCGCUUCCCGCCCAACACCUGGAACGUCUACGAUCUGGUGCUGACCGGCAAGCAGCGCACGAACAACAACGUGGAGGGGUGGCACGGCCACUUCCAGCGGAUGGUCGUCGCCCACCACCUCAACCUGUGGCGGUUCCUGGGUGAGCUGCAAAAGGAGCAGCAUGACAUCGAGCUCAAGCGCAACCAGCUCCUCGGUGGUCACAAGAAUAUCAAAGAACCGCUACCCGCCACCCAGAAACGCAACCACGCCAUGAUAGAGAGGAUCGUCGGGCAGUAUGACAUCUACAUCCAAGAGGGGCGCCUGGAGCAGUACCUGAGGGGGAUCUCCUACAGGCUGAAGGUCAACACCGCCGUGCUCCCGGACAGCGAUGACGAAGAAGAAGACUGA